AUGUACCAGACUGCAGCAUCUGAAAUCUUGGAUGUGAUACACACAUACUCUCAGUCGUUUGGUCCAAUGAUGUAUACAUGGUUGGGUACCUAUCCGGUAUUACUUAUAACCGAACCGGAUAUUAUUCGUGACAUAUUGACAUCGCCUUAUUGCACCAAUAAAGGUCUACUCUACGAACCGCUUAUAAAAGGAAUUGGCAGAGGUCUUAUCACUUCCAAGGAACCUGAAUGGAGCGUUCAUAGAAAACUAUUAAAUCCGGCUUUCAGUUUUAAGAUAUUACAAAGUUUUAUGCCGAUAUUUAAUCAGGAAGUGAAUAACAUUAUAACCAUAUUGAACAAAAACAAUGAAUGUUCGAAUAUGACAACUUUGAUGCAAGAUCACACUUUAAAUGUGGCUAUAAGAACAACGUUCGGACUUAAUGUCACCGGAGAUGGAAAAAAUGGACAGAAUAAUUGUCUAAAACAAAACUAUCAGUGCAGAAAGCUAAAUCUGGAUAAAAGUUUGACGCCGAGAGAACCUAAGAAUCUAAAUAUUUUCCUUGAUCAAGCCAUUGAACUUAUGAGAAAAAACGAAUUUACAGUGCAACAAGUGGAGGAUGAAUUAAAUACGAUACUUCUGGCGGCAUUCGAGACGACAGCUAAUACAAUUACUUAUACCCUUAUGCUGCUUGCAAUGUUCCCCGAAUAUCAAGAAAAAGUCUACAAGGAAUUACGCUCCUUAUUUCCACAUGCAGGAGAUUUUGAAGUGACCUAUGAAAAUACUCAAGAUAUGAUCUAUAUGGGUAUGGUAAUCAAUGAAUCUAUGCGUGUACUGCCACCGGUACCCUUUGUUGCACGCGAAAAUUCACAUGAAAUCGAGCUAACCAAUGGAAUAGUUAUACCAGCUGGAGUACAAUUUGGUUUAAAUAUUUUCACCAUGCACAGACGUAAAGAUUUAUGGGGCGCUAAUGCUGAUAUAUUUGAUCCGGAUAAUUUUUUGCCCAGUAACACGGAGGGAAGACAUCCGUAUGCAUUUAUUCCAUUUACAAAGGGAAUGCGCAACUGUAUAGGAUGGAAAUAUGGUCUCCUGUCGACGAAGGUAGCCUUGGCAAAGUUGUUAAUGAAUUUCAAGUUUUCAACCGAUUUCAAAUACGUUGAUUUGCAGUUUUAUAAUUCAAUUGUGCUGGAGCUAAAACAAACACCCGUUUUGAAAAUUGAAAGGAGAUGA